UCGUUUUGGAUCACUCAAAUCCCCUUCAAUUCAACUGGAAAGCUGCAGCUUGUUGCGCGCCGGCCGCAUAUGGAGAGGAGAAGCUUUCAAUCCAGAGAGGGCACUAACCAACCGAGCAGCGGGCGAAAAGUGGCUCAUGUUGUGACAGUUUCCCAGAGCAAAAGAAAGAGAGGGAGAGAAACCACAACACUGCAACUUGGAUAUCAGUAACCGCGCGCGCUCCCUCUCUCUCUCUCUCUUUAACUCUCUCACCCACCAGAUCGACUUUGAACCUGUUUGUUUAAAUACACGGACUUUACAGCCUGCACGCUUACUGUUGAUUCUGUAAGGCGGAGGGAGCGAAGUUUCUCAAUUUUGGGUCAACUUUUUGGAGCUGCUUAAAACUUUUUUUGGUGUCCUCAUGGUGCCUGGGGCUGCCGACAUGGGCUUCUUUUAUCCGAGUUUUUCGGACGUGAUGUUGCGACUGUCACGGACGAUGGAGUCGGGAUCUGAGCCGGGGAGGUACUGAAGACACCUCUCUCUCCCCCGGGAGAGUCCUCCCUCCCCCCGGGGCGAUGCGGAUCUCCUUCCUCCUUCUCACCGCCUCUCUGUGUGCCUUGGUCCUCCUCCUCGCACCUGCCUCGGAGGGCUGCGGGCCGGGGAGGGGGUACGGCAAGAGGCGGCUCCCCAAGAAGCUCAUACCGCUCGCUUACAAGCAAUUCAGCCCCAACGUGGCCGAGAAGACCCUGGGAGCCAGCGGGAGACCCGAGGGCAAAAUUACGCGCAACUCCGAGCGCUUUAAAGAACUGACGCCGAAUUACAACACAGAUAUUAUCUUCAAAGAUGAGGAGGACACGGGAGCAGACAGGCUCAUGACCCAGCGUUGUAAGGACAAGUUGAACUCCCUGGCCAUCUCUGUGAUGAACAUGUGGCCGGGCGUGAAGCUGAGAGUGACCGAGGGCUGGGACGAGGACGGACACCAUUCAGAGGACUCGCUGCACUAUGAGGGCCGAGCUGUCGACAUCACCACCUCAGACAGGGACAGAAAUAAGUACGCCAUGUUGGCCCGGCUGGCUGUGGAAGCUGGAUUUGACUGGGUCUAUUACGAGUCCAAAGCCCACAUUCACUGUAGCGUCAAGUCAGAACAUUCUGUGGCAGCCAAAACUGGUGGCUGUUUCCCUGGCGACGCUCAGGUGACCCUGGAGGGCGGGGCUACCAAACAGAUGCGUCAUCUUCGUCCUGGCGACCGCGUCUUAGCAACAGACGGUCACGGCCCCCUUCUCUACAGCCCGGUCCUGUCCUUCCUGGACCACCAGCCCAACGUCUCAAAGAUCUUCUACACCAUCGGCACCAACGCAGGACUUAAUAUUUCUCUCACAGCUGCUCACCUGAUCUUCGUCACGGACUGCUCCACCGGGCUGAGGGACCCAACAAAGUGGGAAGAGACAGCUGAGGGGCCGCUGUCGGGCUCCGUAUCGGAGCACAGGCCUGCUAGUGAAGCAGGUCUGAAGACAGUUUUUGCCAGCGAGGUGCGGCCAGGACAGUGCGUAUUUACGUCACAAGGGAAAACGGGCUCAAAACGGGCAAAACUUUCAGUCGUGACGUUUGUAGAAGAACAAAGCAGCACUGGGCUGUACGCCCCGCUCACCCAGCACGGCUCCAUAGUGGUGAACGGCGUGCUGGCGUCCUGCUACGCUGCUGUGGACAAUCACCAUUUGGCCCAUUUGGCUCUGGCCCCACUGAGGUUCUUUUACAGCCUGAUGGGGCCCUCAGAAGCGCAGACCGACGGCCUGCACUGGUACCCUUGGCUUCUACAGAGGCUGGGACAAACGCUGUUGGACGCUGGACACUUCCACCCAUGGGGCAUCGAGCAAGGACUCAAAUAGGAGCCACAGCCAACAUGGUCUCACAGGAAUCCGUGAAAUAGCCACGGAUUUGCUUU